UCUCUGUACUGUUGACGUCCUCAGCCACCGUGUCUGCUAGAUGCGGCGAUUCCAAGGGGAAGGGGCUUCGGUGUGUGCGGCCGGGGGCCUGUCCUGGAGGUGGGGGACACUCUGACUCCUGGGGCUGUUCUAGUAACAACAAACUGAACUCAUGAAGGAUCUCAUUUGAGGCCUGGCUUGUGAGAUUCUGCAGCCAUGGACUUCCCGGCGUCACCCCGCAGAGUAGCCGCCCGCCGAGGGUUCUUUUCACAGUACACACAUCAUCAUCUGGUGGUCUUCCUUCUGACAUUUUUUAGCUAUGCUCUGCUCCAUGCAUCGAGGAAAGCCUUCAGUAACGUAAAGGUCAGCAUAAGUAACCAGUGGACGCCAUCCGACCUAAACGCCUCAGUGUUCAAUUUGGACCCUAAUAGGACCUGGAAUGGCAACAGUCUCUUUCCCAAUCAUGAGUCCGCCACCAUCUUUCUGGGUUUACUGGACACCAUUUUCCUCUUCUCGUAUGCAGUGGGUCUCUUCGUCAGUGGCACCAUCGGCGACCGGUUAAACAUGCGCUAUGUCCUUACUUUUGGCAUGUGCUUGUCUGCAGUAACGAUGUUUGUAUUCGGCACAGUCACUGAAUGGCUGCACUUCUACAACAAGGUCUUCUACUGCCUGAUAUGGGUGAUUAAUGGGCUGCUGCAGUCGACAGGAUGGCCCUGUGUGGUGGCAAUCAUGGGGAACUGGUUUGGAAAGUCAGGACGAGGAGUAGUGUUUGGAUUGUGGAGCGCCUGUGCUUCUGUUGGAAAUAUUUUGGGGGCGUUCCUAGCAUCAUCGGUACUACAAUACGGGUAUGAGUAUGCCUUCCUGGUGACCGCUUCGGUGCAGUUCGCUGGAGGGUUGGUUAUCUUCUUUGGUCUGGUGACCACGCCAAAAGAACUGGGUCUUCCUGAUGCUGGGGAAGAGGAGAGUGAGAAUGUGGAACAGGAGGAGGCAAACAGACCUCUCAUCAGUGGGGAUAAUGAGGGGGACAGCGAGUCAAGUUAUUCCAUCCAAGCUCCUGAGACUGCCAGUCAACCCAAAGCGAUCGGCUUUGUACAGGCCUGCUGCUUGCCUGGAGUAUUACUGUAUUCUCUGGCCUACGCCUGUCUGAAGUUGGUCAACUAUUCCUUCUUUUUCUGGCUCCCCUUCUACCUAAGCAUUAACUUCCACUGGAAGGAGGCCGAGGCCGACCAGCUGUCUAUCUGGUAUGACAUUGGAGGAAUCGUAGGUGGCACUAUCCAGGGCUUUAUCUCUGACUUGAUGGAGAAGAGGUCUCCUGUCCUGGCCAUAAGUCUGCUGCUUGCCGUGGGCUCUCUGUUUGGAUACAGCCGCUCUCCAAACAGUAAGCCGAUCAACGCUGUCCUCAUGGCUAUUACAGGCUUUUUCAUCGGGGGUCCCUCAAACAUGAUAAGUUCUGCGAUCUCUGCGGAUCUUGGGCGUCAGGAGAUGGUAAGAGGUAGCAGCGAGGCUCUGGCCACAGUCACCGGCAUUGUGGAUGGAACAGGAAGCGUUGGAGCCGCUUUAGGCCAGGUCCUGGUGUCUGUGAUACAGGGCAGCUUGGGCUGGAUGUGGGUCUUCUAUUUCUUCAUCCUUAUGACCUUACUGACCAUCGUCUUUAUCAUUCCACUCAUUGUCCGAGAAAUGAGACCAGCGGUGAGGAACAGGCGGACGUCUCGGCUGGCCGGGUGACAAUUACUUCCAAUGACUGAUGUCAAUACCAAUAAAAGACUGGAAACCUUAUUGAAAAGGUGAAGUCAAAGCCUGCAGACAGGAACAGGAGGAGGGACUGCAAGUUUGGGAAGCCGUUUCUUGAAACGGUUCAUUGUAAAAUUAUUUGAAUUAUUUUAUUUUUAUUUUAUAAUUUUUUUUUUUUUAUAUAUUAUUCCUCAUGUUCUAAUCUUGCUGUCUCUGGAUCAGACAAUGGAUCGUACAGUCCGGUGAUGAGGAUUAUUUUGGAUCUAGUUUCAGUAAAGAAAGGUUGGCAGUUGUACACUACAUAUAACACAAUAUACAACCAACUUCUGAUUUAAUGAAAUCAGAUUUAGGCCUCAUGCACAAGAAAGUAUUUUCUUUCCGUGUCCAUUCCGUUUUUUGGGGGUUUUUUUGCGGACCGUAUACGGAACCAUUUCAAUGGGUCCACAAAAGAAACGGAAGUUACUACAUACGUGUGCAUAUGUCCGUAUUUCCGCUCCACAAAAAAUUAGAAUAUGUCCUAUUAUUGUCGGCAUUACGGGCAAGGUUAGUACUCUUCUAUUAGAGGCCAGCUGUUCUGCAAAAUACGGAAUGCACACAGACGUCAUUCGUAUUUUUUUGCGGAUCCGUUUUUUCAGACCGCAAAAUACAUACGGUCGUGUCGUGUGCAUGAGGCCUUAAAAGAACAAAAAGAGAACAAAAUUUUAACUACUUUAUUCUGAAUGAUACAAAAUUGUAAUUUAAAACUUGAAAAUGUUCAUUUUUUAUUGACCAUUUUAUGGUGCGUUUGCUUUAGAAGGAACGCAUUCACUCUGAGAUUUAAAGAGGACCUGUCAGCUCUUGUGUAUUCUGCAUGAAUUUACGAUUCUGGAGCAUCUUUUCUUAGAUCUUGACGUUGUCUCUCCUUAAAAAUAAUGAAUGUAGAUGUUACCAGUUGGGUUUGUGCCCUUUUAAACUAAUGGAAUGGUACUGCCCAGUUAUCAAUUUAGAUAUUGAGAAGGAAUAGCAGAGGAACGGCACAAUGCAGAGUCAUCAAAGGUGCUCCAGCAUUUGUAGUUUAUGGGGUACACAGGGGGUCCUCUUUAAAUGCUUUUAUCUUUGGCGUGAAGCUCACUUUGGAUUGGUCUGCUGGACUGACCUCUGUACUUUUAAUUAAGUUAAAGUCUUUCUCAAAUUGUAUAUGGUGAUGGACAGGGAACAGCCAUCAUAAAUUAUGAAUAUCCCCUCUCCUCACUUCAUUGCACAUCACGAAUCAAAGCUUUACAAUCUAGCAUUAACAAAUUUGGGCAGUUUUAGGCUUUUUUUUUAUUUUUUUUAUUUACAUAAAUA